AAACAAAACAAACAAAACAAACAAACAAACAAACAAGACCAAAAUCAGUAAAUCAGUGUAGAGAUGUAUUCACAUCUCUAUAUAAAAAGCCUGUUGAACUAAUCAGGGCAUUUCUUGGAGCACAAAAAAACUGUGGGCUUUCACAUCAUCCAAGCAAAGACCAUUCUAAUAUGGGCCCAGCUGUAAUACAAAAUAAUUACGCCCAUGCAAAUUCAAAUCUUGAAAAAUUAAGUAUUCAGAUCCUCACUGGCACAGUGAAAAUGUGUUUGAAACAUUCCUGUGUCCCAGGAUAAUGGCUAUGUAAUUAUGCUAAGCCUUUCACACUUUCUCUUGUAAGCCAUUAGAUUUAUUUACCAAAAUCAUUGCAUAGAUAUGCCCAGUUUGAAACUAAAUUUAAAGCUUAAGUAUAGAGGUUCUCCCUUCAACAGGUCCUGGCUUUCAUUAAAACUGUAAGUUCCUGGGACUUCGUGCCCUACAGCCCCUGUAAAUACUCUGAUUCCUUGAAUGCACCGUGGAGAUUCUAAUACACAUUACACAAAUAGAGCUACUAUAAAAUUCCUGACUUUUCUUGUUUGCAUGGCAAAGGGAGAAUGGCAAAUCCACCAAUUGGACCGGAUAAUCACUCUCCUGUGAAAAGUCUGCAAUCCACAUCCUCUGUUUGAUUCUUAGCUGAGCUUCAACUAUUUGCUCAAAAAAAUUUAUUUUACGUGUGAAGUCCAUAAAUCACCAUCCAAUAAACAUUAGACAGGGAAGAGAUUUCAUCCUGGCAGUUCAGACAUCAGCCACAGGAGAAGUCACAUCCAGAUCCAGAAAUAAAGACUAAUUGGACAGAGGUUUACAGGAUUAGGUCUUAUGACAUGUUUUAAGAGAGACCACUACGAAUGCAUGAACUGUAUUUUUUUCCAGGUGAUGACUCUCACAACAUCAACGUGUACCAGCAUAACGGUGUGCCAGUCAGUGACGUGCCACGUAGCUGGAGAUGCACCUGGAGGGGACAGCAGGGCAGGCAGGGCCUUCCUCAGGCGCUAAGAGAGUCACAGAGAUGUCAGCAAAAUAAACCUCCCCCCUCUUAUUUGCAAGAGAAGAAGUUUCUGUCACGACUUAGAGCUGAUGGUCAAAUGAAGUGGGUAAUUUUCACUGCUUUUAGUGCCCUGGGAAUUAGUAUCACAGAAAAUAAUAAUUUGUUCUUAGAAAGAUGCUACGCAAAGAAUUAAAAUAGACACUGCCCUGGGCCAUGCACAGCCGAUGCGUUUAUAGUCUAUAUCAUGUUUCCACUUCCACCUUAAAAUUCAAUUCAACUCAAGAAGGUGCCCCUUUAACAUCUAGUGGAGGCUUCAUUGUAUUUAAGGAGGCAAUUUUCUUUAAGAGGCUCCAAAGGCAAAACAGUCUAACCAGAGGUGGUUGGCCAGGCUCUCUCAGCAGGCUCUGUUGCUUUCUUCCAUGCCCCGAGCAGGCUGCCUCGGCUCACACUUGCUUGAAGGAGAGGUGAACUGCUCCAGGGUGCUUUUGUACGAGUUCAGCUUCUUGUUUCUCCUGGAGAGGAUGAGAAUCUGCCCCUAAUGCUGUGCUCCUUAAGACUUUCAUCGAUCAGGUUCUGCUUUUUCAAUUCCCUUCUCCUGGGAUUGGUUUCAAAAAUUGAUUCCUUCACUUUAUGUCAGCAAAGGCCAAGGAAGCAGAGGAUGUGAGCUUCAAGUUUAAAGACUGACUUCAAGGAGAACAAACAGCCCCCGCAAUCCAGCCUCCACUUCAGCUUUGCUCUCGAGAGACAGCUCUCCAUUGUGGUUAUUGAUACCACUCACACACCAAUACCUGUUACCUGUCUUCUGGAGAAGCAGACUGGUUUCUCAAGUUCACUGAGGGAUUAUCUGCUUGUAUAUAAAGCCAUCUUCUCUUAAGCACGCAUAUUAUUAAGCACUCAGGAAUCCAUAAAGAGUGAUGGAACAUUUUUCCAAAAUGCCAGCCCUGUACGUCUUCCACCUCCUGUGAUUCAGAGGCGGUGCAAAAAACCAUAAACCAUUCAACCACCAUGACUCAAUGCUGCGAUUCAUAUGCUUGAUACAUAUACUCAGAGAUCAAAGUGGUACCUACCCUCCACCCCCCGAAAAAAUAAAUUAUUUUUGUAAUGUCUGCCAUAAAGAUGGACAUUCAGCUGUAGCUUUAUUCUCCUGGCUGAUAUUGGCCAUUUUAGGUAACAAGUCUCCUAGGGUAAAGAUCGAGGCUCCCUUUAAGAGUCAUAUGGUGCAGUACGGACAGCAACGCAGUCCGCAGAUGUAUUUUCUGUCUGACCUAGACCGAACAGGAGACUCUGCUUGCUCAGGGGAUUUGGGGACAAAACUUUGCAGGGAGUUAAAAAAGCAGGGAAAUCUCUUCCCAGUGAAGGAAUCUGGUAGCUCCCCUAAACCUUCUUCUGUCAGCUUGGCGGUACACGAAGGUGUUAAACUGGCAUGUGUCUAUCAAGGGGAGGGGGGGUGAUCCUUUCAAGUCCUCUGCUUCAUCCCCACUUGUGGAAUUUGUUGUGCCAGUGGGACGAGGCUGGCUAUAAAACCUCUGUCCUGCUCCAGCAGCCUGCGAGCACUCCACAGCCCCAGUGACAUCCCUGUUCUUCCCUGCGGGGCCGCUGCCAGAGGAGGAUGGAGGCGAGCUUUGCCCAGAUGCUCUGCACGCUCUGCCUGGCCACCACAGUCUGUGCCUUCACCCAGGAAGAGUUCAAGGAGGUGCUGCUGAAGCAGCUGGGGCUCUCCGAGGUCCCUAAGCUUCAUAAGAGAGACCUGGUGGACCUGGUCAUCCCAGAGCACGUGAGGAACAAGUAUAUCUCCAUGCUGAAGCGCCACAGGGUGAAGCGCCGCGCCUCACCGAGCCUGGGCACCAUCCUCAGGGGAAUCCCUGGAAAUGCAGACAUUGGGGGAGACGUCCUCUAUCCUGACCCCACACGCCAGAACCUCGUCUUUGACAUGGAGGGGAGAAUACCAAUAAACAGUGAGGUAACAAUGGCCGAGCUGAAACUUUUCAAGAAGCCCUUGGACAGGGCAAACCUGCCUGCUAAGCAGUCUCACAGGCCUGUCUCCAACGCCAGAGUCAGUGUCUACUGGGUGCAACGGCAGCGUGAUGGUACCAACAGGACCUCCCUGAUCGACUCCCGGCUGGUUCCAGUGCGAGAGUCGGGCUGGAAGAACUUUGACGUGACACAGGCCGUGCACUACUGGCUGCGAAACAAGAGGCAGGAGCCCAUGGUCCUGCAGGUCUGGAUUGAGGGGGAGCGAGUAGGCAGCUAUGCCUCGGAGGUGGCCAAAGCGGUGCGCUUCACCUCGCAGGACCCCAGGGACAAAGCCAUGGGCAAGCCCGAGCUGGUGGUUUAUACCCUCGACUUGGAAGACUAUGGGGGCCCCGGGGACUGCAAGGAUGGCGUGGUGACGGGGAAGUCCACCUGCUGCCGUCAGAAGCACUACAUCAGCUUCCGUGAGCUCUCCUGGACACAGUACUGGGUCAUUGAGCCAGCUGGGUACCAGGCUUACCGGUGCCAGGGGGGCUGCCUGCAGCCCCCCAGGUCCCUGCAGCACUUGGGGGCUGGGGAUCGUGCCUGCGCUGUGGCCGAGACCUCCUCGCUCCCCGUCAUGUACCUGGUCAGGAGGGGCAACCGCACCGAGAUCGAGGCAGCUGAGUUUCCCAACAUGAUCAUCGAGAAGUGCAGCUGCAUGGCAAAUGGUGCGGCACUGGUGUGAGGGGCAGAUGGAUGGACAGGACUUGUGACACCAGUGGGCUCAGAGGAGCAUCCAUCCUCACACAAACCUGUGUGACUUACACCUUGCUGGAUUUGGUGGAGCUGCUUCCAGGUUAUUUCAGUCCCUACCCUGGGGUAUUGCACACAGCUGCAGGCAAAAGGCAAGGACAAUAAUCAUUGUCAGGUGCAGAAGUCACACCUGGGUUUGACUCUCAGUUCCUCAGCUCCCAGGGCUCUGUAAGUUUUGGUCCUUGUCUGUCCAAGUCAUGUUUAUUGUGAAUUGCAGAGCAGAAGCACUUACAUGUAUAUAUUGUAUACGCACAUGUAUACACAUGUAUCACACACAUACAUAUAUGUAGUAUACAAACAGGUAUUGUAUACAUGCAUAUUGUAUAUAUACAUAUUGUCUACAUACAUACAUAUAAGUACAUAGAAUAUUGUCCAGAGCUCAAAGGAAUUUAUAUACAUGUGCGUAUGUAUUGUAUGUAUGUAUACUUAUAUAUAAAUGUACAUAUGAUAUUGUCCGGAACUCAAAGGGUAAUAUUUUUCAUCCCUGUACCUUGGCACAGUUUUAGGCAGAAUUUAGAGUCCUGAUGUCAAUAGGCAUGUUACAAACCAUGACUAUGAUUUGCUUGCACAAGUAGCAGUUUGUAGAAUCAGGCCCAUAUUUUUCUGAUUGUGUAUUACAGUUUUUUCAGUUAAGGUCUAUUUUUUCUAGUCUUAAUUGCUUUCAACAACAAGGAAACAAUA